UACAAGUCACUCAUUUGAGUGCAUGUGUAUCUCAAGAGACGUUGUAUUAGAGUGUUGUGUAUAUUCCUUGUUUCUUUUGAUUAAGCUGUUAAAUUAAAAGCUGAUGUCCUGUUUGUGUUGUUAGAUCACUAAAGUGCCAAUGCAACAAAUGCACGAAGAGAGAACAUUAAUGCGGGCAGUAUGUGUUAAUGAAUCAGGGAAGCUGGAUGUGAAACACAUCCCUCGGCCUGAACCCAAAGAUGGGCAACUCCUCAUCAGAGUUGCCGCAACUGCUUUAAACAGAGCUGAUCUGCUACAGAAAAGGGGUCUGUACCCUCCUCCUCCUGGAGAGAGUGAGAUCUUGGGUCUGGAGGCCAGCGGUGUGAUUGCUGACAUCGGCCCUGGGGUCAAAGGGAACUGGAUACUGGGAAGUAAAGUAAUGGCUUUACUGGGAGGAGGAGGCUAUGCAGAAUAUGUUGCUGUUCCAGAAAAACUCGUCAUGUCUGUCCCAUCACCCCUCACUCUAAAUCAAGCCGCAGCUCUUCCUGAGGCCUGGCUGACUGCCUACCAACUUCUGCACUUCAUAGCCAAAGUGAAGCCAAAUGAGACGGUGUUGAUUCAUGCUGGAGCGAGUGGAAUAGGCACCGCUGCCAUUCAGCUGGUUCGCUUGAGUGAUGCAAUUCCAGUAGUAACAGCAGGGAGUCCUGAAAAGUUAAAAUUUGCAGAGCAGAUGGGAGCAGCUGCGGGAAUCAAUUACAAAGAGGAGGAUUUUUCUGAAAAAGUCCUGCAGUUCACUGAAGGCAAGGGAGCUGAUGUCAUUCUGGACUGUGUUGGUGGAUCUUUUUGGGAGAAGAACAUUUGUAGCCUUGCAAUAGAUGGACGAUGGGUGCUUUAUGGCAUGUUGGGAGGUAAAACGGCUGAUGGAGACUUGCUUGGCAAGCUUUUGAGGAAGAGAGGGAAUCUUCUUUGCAGUCUCCUCAGAUCAAGGAGUUUACAGUAUAAAGCAGAGCUGGUCCGGAGUUUCACAGAGCAGGUUUUGCCACACUUCCAGUCGACAGAUUCUCCCUUGCGGCCUGUGAUAGACAGCAUGUUCAGCUUGGAAGAUGUUGAAAUGGCUCAUGAGCAUAUGGAGGCCAACAAAAAUAUUGGGAAAAUAAUUCUUAAAAUGGGAAACUCUUGACUUAUGAUUAAAUAUAUGGAAUGCAAUCAUUGUGAUUAUGACCAUUUACAAAAUCUAUUCAUGUUAAAUUUUGCAUAAAAAAUAUUUCACAUAAAUAAAUACUUUAAAGAAGUUAAUGAGAGAAAAACUUACAACUUUAGGAUUAAAAAAAGUAUUUUUUUUCUGCAUGAAGCAUGAGAUCAAAUGUUGUAACUUAAAACUUCAUAUUAUCUGUUCUCUUAAUUUUGCAUAUUAAACUGCUGUUUAGUUUAAUAUGUUUUUAUAAAUCAUAUUCAUGGCUUAUAAUAGUUGGGUAAAUUUCCCCUAAAUAGUCUUACGAUUUCUCUACAAAUGAGGGCUAUUGUUUUUUUUCUUUGAUAUUUAUAAUAAACAUUUUAAAAUAAA